UCUAUUUUCCUAUAAUGGGGUAUUUCAAUGCGAUAUUCUUGAUCAUUGCAUUUUUAGCCUUGGUUUUGCGUUGCACUGAAACUUUGAGUGAGGAUGUGCCUCUCGUGUUUGACUAUUACAAAGAGACUUGUCCGUUGGCGGAAAACAUCGUGAGGCGUCACGUUGCGAUUGCAUUGGUCAGAGACCCUAGAAUGGCUGCUUCUCUCCUCCGCUUGCAUUUUCAUGAUUGCUUUGUCAUGGGAUGCGAUGCAUCAGUUCUUUUAGAUAGCUCUGAAGGUAUAGUGAGUGAAAAACAGGCUGGUCCUAACUUGAAUUCACUGAGAGGAUAUGAGGUCAUUGAUGAGAUCAAGUACUACUUGGAAGAGUCAUGCCCUUAUAAAGUUUCAUGCGCUGAUAUUCUAGCCAUUGCUGCUCGUGAUGCUGUGGAGCUGAGAGGAGGGCCUAGAUGGGAAGUUUUGUUAGGGAGGAGAGACUCACUUGAAGCAAGCUUAAGCGGAGCCAAUCAGUUGAUUCCUGCACCCAAUUCAUCUCUUGAGACUCUCAUUGCCAACUUUGAACAACAUGGACUUGAUGUGGGAGAUUUGGUUGCUUUAUCAGGGAGCCACACAAUGGGGAAGGCAAGAUGUUUAAGUUUCAGGCAGAGGAUAUAUGACGAUUUUAAAUACUCCAGAGAACAUAAUGACAAGUACAAGAGAUACACCACCUUUCGAAGAAUGCUCCGGUCCAUGUGCCCGGAAUCCGGUAAAGAUCACAAGUUGGCCCCUCUUGAUCACCUGACUCCGGCCAAAUUCGACAACCAUUACUUCCUCAACAUUCUGGAAGGAAAGGGCUUGCUAGGAUCCGACACCGUUCUUGUCACCCAGGAUCACGAAGGGGAGAUCCUAAAGCAGGUUUGGGCAUAUGCCUCUGAUGAGGAACUUUUCUUUGCUUCAUUUGCAAAGUCAAUGGUCAAGAUGGGAAACAUCAAUGUCCUCACAGGAGACCAAGGACAAAUCAGAAGAAACUGUAGGUUUGUAAGCACCUAA